GUAUCUCUGAGCGCGCGGCUCUCUGUAACUGUAAGCGAGCACAGAACGGGAGAACGGGGGUAAAACAUCCUCACACAAGACCGUGAAAAAACGACAUUUAGCGGCGUGGACCAAACAUAUAGAGCCUGUUGGGAAUGUAAUGUGGAUUAUUACGCUUUGGGAUAUUUUUACGAAAACUGAGCUAUUGUGUGCUAGACGGGGCAGAGUAACAGUAUGGACUACAUUACCCACAAGGCAUCAUGCAGUCUGCGCUGGUUUCCCUAAAUACAGAAAGAGUCCGACCUGGAGGACCUGUCUGGAUGAUUGAAGUCUGAGGAGAUACCAGAAGAAAACAGCACCUCAGCAGACACACAACACCUCAUCUGCUCAUCUCCUCAAGUCGAUCCAUUCCAGGAAACGUGGAAGAAGUACUUUUAUUGUCGCCUGACAGAGAUUGGAUUGUUGUGCAAUGUCAUUAGCCUUAUGACUGUUAUUUAAGACUGUUCUCCUCCUAACUCCCUCUCCUCUUUUAGGAUAUUUUUUGUUUGUCGCUGCGUUGACGAUCUCACCUCUUCUUUAGUAUCUCUGGGCAUACUGUGGGAUGUACUUUGGAUAUACUGACCUUUGAACCAAAGCGCAUUCAAUGAUUUCCUUCUGUUCAGGAUAAGAACCCCAAAUCUCCAGCACUUUUACAAUGAAUUUCUUCAGAUUCCCAGUCCAGUUGCAGCUGCUGAUCAGUACUGUACUUGGGCCCUGCUUGGGCCUGGAGUUUACAGGGUCGCAAGGCCAGUGGGCACGCUAUCUCCGCUGGGACGCCAGCACCAGAAGUGACCUCAGCUUCCAGUUCAAAACAGACGUGUCCACCGCCUUAAUCCUGUACUUUGACGAUGGUGGCUUCUGCGACUUCCUGCAGCUCAUGGUGGUCGAAGGGAAGCUCCAGUUGCAGUUCGGCAUCGAUUGUGCCGAGACCACAGUCGUAUCGGACAAGCGAGUCAAUGACAGCAGCUGGCAUUCUGCCACCCUGAGCAGGUACAACCUGAGAACUGUGCUGGUUCUGGACGGAGUGAGCAAAUUGGGCGAGGUGCAGCCACAGAGGCAGUACAUGAAGAUCGUUAGUGACCUCUUCCUGGGCGGAGUCCCUCAAGAUAUUCGUAUUUCUGUGCUCACUCUCCCGACAGUGAAGGAUCUUCCACCGUUUAAGGGAAUUAUCAGGGAACUGAAGUACAGUAACAAGGAACCUAUUCUGCUAAGCAGCCAGAGGGUCCGCAUGGACAUAGAGGGGAUCUGCAUGGAGAACCCAUGCGAGAAUGGAGGAACGUGCUCCGUUGUGGAUGGGGAACCGCUUUGUGAUUGUUCUAAGACAGAAUAUGUUGGCCGAUUCUGCAACGAAGAGGCCAACAGCAUCCCAGGAUUUGCACACAUGAUGAUGGCGGAUCAAGCCAAGGGCAAAGCGCGAGAAGAGAACGUGGCCACAUUCAGAGGUUCCGAGUACUUCUGCUACGACUUGUCUCAGAAUCCCAUCCAGAGCAGCAGCGAUGAAAUCACAUUGUCCUUCAAGACCUGGCAAAGAAAUGGACUUAUCCUUCACACGGGCAAGUCAGCAGACUACGUCAACCUUGCCCUGAAAGAUGGGGCUGUUUCGUUGGUCAUCAACUUGGGUUCCGGAGCCUUCGAGGCCAUUGUCGAGCCGGUCAAUGGCAAAUUCAACGACAAUGCCUGGCAUGACGUGAAAGUCACACGCAACCUCAGACAGGUGACAAUAUCUGUGGACGGCAUCCUGACUACAACAGGCUAUACGCAAGAGGACUACACAAUGCUGGGAUCAGAUGAUUUAUUCUACGUCGGAGGAAGUCCAAGCACAGCAGACUUACCUGGGUCGCCUGUCAGCAACAACUUUAUGGGUUGCCUGAAAGAGGUUGUUUACAAAAACAAUGACAUCCGGCUGGAGCUCUCCCGGCUUGCCCGCAUCGUGGAUCCCAAAAUGAAGAUCCAGGGAGAUGUGGUGUUCAAGUGCGAGAACGUGGCCACCCUGGACCCCAUCUCGUUCGAGACACCCGAGGCCUACAUCAGCCUACCCAAGUGGAACACCAAACGCAUGGGCUCCAUCUCCUUCGACUUCCGUACCACCGAACCAAACGGCCUUAUUCUCUUCACCCACGGGAAGCCACAGGAAAGAAAGGACGCCCGUAGCCAAAAGAACACAAAAGUGGACUUUUUUGCAGUAGAGCUUCUGGAUGGAAGUUUGUACCUGCUGCUGGACAUGGGCUCUGGGACUAUCAAAGUGAAAGCCACACAGAACAAGGUGAACGACGGGGCCUGGUAUCAUGUGGACAUCCAACGAGAUGGAAGAUCAGAGGCGUCCAUCUUGAGCUAUGACGGGAGCAUGUACAUGAAAGUGGUGAUGCCUACCGUGAUGCACACUGAAGCGGAGGACGUGUCCCUUCGCUUCAUGUCUCAGCGGGCGUACGGCCUGCUCAUGGCCACCACCUCACGCGACUCCGCCGAUACUCUUCGGCUAGAGCUGGACGGCAGUCGCGUCAAACUCACGGUCAACUUAGACUGUAUCAGGAUAAACUGUAACUCCAGCAAAGGACCAGAGACACUGUAUGCUGGACAAAAACUCAAUGAUAAUGAAUGGCAUACUGUGCGCGUGAUCCGGAGGGGCAAAAGCUACAAGCUAACGGUUGACGAUGACGUAGCAGAAGGUCAGAUGGUGGGCGAUCACACCCGGUUAGAAUUUCACAACAUCGAGACGGGCGUGAUGACCGAGCGCCAUUUCGUCUCCAUGAUCCCCUCCAGUUUCAUCGGUCACCUGCAAAGCCUCAAGUUCAAUGGCAUGCUCUACAUCGACCUGUGCAAGAACGGUGAUAUCGACUACUGCGAGCUCAACGCUCGCUUUGGCAUGCGCUCCAUCAUCGCAGACCCCGUGACGUUCAAGUCAAAGAGCAGUUACCUGAGUCUAGCGACCUUGCAGGCUUACACAUCCAUGCACCUUUUCUUCCAGUUCAAGACAACCUCUCCAGAUGGAUUCAUCCUCUUCAACAGCGGGGAUGGAAGUGAUUUCAUCGCUGUAGAGCUGGUGAAAGGGUACAUACAUUACGUGUUUGAUCUUGGCAACGGGCCCAAUGUAAUCAAGGGCAACAGUGACCGAGCUCUCCAUGACAACCAGUGGCAUAACGUUGUCAUCACUAGAGACAACAGUAACAUCCACACACUCAAAGUUGAUGCCAAGGCAGUGAGUCAAGGCAUCAAUGGCGCUAAAAAUCUGGACCUUAAAGGUGACCUCUACAUCGCCGGAUUGGGGCCCAACAUGUAUAACAGCCUGCCGAAACUUGUGGCCUCUAGGGAUGGUUUUAAGGGUUGCCUGGCAUCUGUGGACCUGAACGGACGCCUUCCCGACCUCAUAAAUGAUGCCUUGUUCCGCAGCGGUCAGAUCGAGCGAGGAUGCGAAGCAUCCAAAAGUGAACUUGGUUUCACCAAAGCAGAUCUACAAGGUCCUAGCACUACAUGCCAAGAAGACUCCUGUGCCAACAUGGGGAUCUGCAUCCAGCAAUGGGAGAACUACACCUGCGACUGUUCAAUGACCUCCUACACCGGGACGCAGUGUAAUGACCGUAAGUUACCCUCCGUCCCGUGCAGUUUCCACAUCCUCUCUUUCUUUUGUUUAGUUCACUCUUUGGUUCACUGGUUUAGACAAUUGAAAUGAUCACAUGGACUCACUCUAUGAAAGGUUAAUUGAGCACGCUGUAAUCUACAUAAGCAAAUGUUACACAAACACCAACAGUAUUUGGCUGCACAAAUGCUCAUACGUAAGUACACAC